GCCCAGGAGCUCCAAACGCGUCGCUCGCGGCCGUGCGUCCACCCGACCGACUUCGGGUCAUGGAGCCACACGCGGGGGGCGUCACGGACCCUAGGGGGAGCAGAGGAGGCCGGGGCCUUUCCCUGCCCGCGGGCCCCAGAGCCCGGCAGCUCCUGGCGCGGCUGGACGCGCGCCCCCUGGCGGCCCGAGCUGCGGCCGACGUGGCGGCGCUGGUACGCAGGACGGGCGCCACAUUGCGCCUGCGCCCCAAGGCCGCCAUUAGUGUGCUAGAUUCUGCCGACAUAGAGGUUACAGACAGUCGCCUGCCUAAUGCCACUUUUGUGGAUCACCGGCCCCAGCAUCACCGGUCAGAGACCUUGGGUACAGGUACCGCACCUCCCCAAGUGACCCAGAAUAAGGCACGUUCUGCUUCGAAGCCGCUCCAGGCCUCUGGACGGUUCUAUGUGGAACUGGUUCGCGGUUCCGCGGGCUUUGGCCUCACAUUAAGCGGAGGCCAAGAUUCAGCCGGGGAUACUCCUCUGGCAGUGCGUGGGCUGCUGAAGGAUGGGCCGGCACAGCGCUGUGGUCGCUUGCAGGCCGGGGACCUCGUGCUCUACAUCAACGGAGAGCCAACGCAGGGCCUCACCCACGCGCAGGUGGUGGAGCGGAUUCGCGCAGGUGGACCCCGUCUCCGCCUUGUAUUAAGCAGGCCCCUUGAAACCCACCCCGGCAAGCCUGAGGGGAUGGGAGGGCCUCAGAAAGGAGAUGAUCGCAGGCCAGAUCCUGGGGGACCAGAGGUGAUGAAGUCUCGCAGCGCCAGCGCUUCCCCACGUCAGCACCCGCUAUCCCGUACUACGGCCCAAACCCAGGGCAGCCCAGAACCUAGCCCAGAGGGGGCAGCCGACUGCCCCGCGGUUCCUCCACCUGAGCGCCGCACAGAGGACCCUGAUGACCGAACCCCAGGUUCCCCGGGACCCUGGCUGGUGCCGAGUGAGGAACGGCUCUCGCGGGCCCUAGGGGUCCCAGGGGCUGCGCAGCUUGCUCUCGAGAUGGCAGCUGGGAGGCGGAGGCACUGAGCAUGUAACAGAGGGUUCAGUGCUCCCUUGGUACAGCCCAACCUGUAUCUGGCGUGCCCCGCGGCCGCACACUAGCAUCGCUAUCAUGGGCGGGGAGAGCUUCCUCUCUGUGUUGUCUCACCCUGCCUCCUGCUGAGCAGCAGACCAGCUCAUGCUCCCCUCGAGGUGUCAGUGGUACAGCCCUCCGGACGGGCCAGACCAGCGCUUCUGGUUUCGAGCGGGGGUGGUAAUAAAAUGGUUCGACCCAG